GGAGCGCUUGACAGAGGGGGACAAGGGUUGCCGUGGCAACUGCGACCUAACGUAACGUCCGUUCAUUUAAAAAAAAAACAAAAAAAAAAAAAACCCACGGGUACCAGCGUCGUGCCCCGUCGAGGCAACACAGACGGUUCGUCCGGAUGGAGAGACACGUUCUGCACUCGUAGUUAAACCACAACGGGACGAAAACGAGUCGCACGCAACUGCACGGACAGAAGAUGGAGUUCGAGGCGACGGAGACCGUCCGCUCGACGCCGAGGCGACACGAGAAAAGUUUGGGGCUGCUCACGAUGAAGUUCGUCGGUCUGCUCCAGGAAGCGAAGGACGGAGUGCUCGACUUGAAAGUGGCUGCAGACAGCCUGGCAGUGAAGCAGAAGAGGAGGAUAUACGACAUCACCAAUGUACUGGAGGGUGUGGGGCUGAUUGAGAAGAAGAACAAGAAUAUUAUCCAAUGGAGGUUUGAAAACAGGGGCGAGAACACAGGCAGCCCAACUCAAGAGAUGCUGGAGCAGGUAAAGGUUUUGAAGGCACAGAUCUCUGAGCUGGAGGACCAAGAGAAAGAGCUGGACAAUCAGAAAGUCUCGCUGGAGGAGAACAUCAAACACCUGAACUGCGAUCCCAUCACCAGCACUUACAAAUUUGUGACACACGAAGACAUCUGCAGUGCAUUCAACGGAGACACUCUUCUUGCUAUUGUGGCUCCUGCUGGGACUCAGCUGGAGGUUCCACUACCUGAAAUGGGCCAGAGUGGUCAGAAGAAGUACCAGAUGAACCUGCGCAGCCACUCCGCUCCCAUCCAGGUCAUGCUCAUCAACAAGGAUACGCACUCCACAAUACCUGUGGUAUUCUCUGUGCCGCCGACCGACGACAUCUGCCUCAUGCCCACUCCGCCCAGCACCCCCGCCAGCCUGCAGAGGUUCCCCCUCUCAACGUCCAUGUACUCCACCUCCAACACCACCACCUCCUCCUCCUACUGCAGCCAGGACUCCCUCUGCUCGGACCACCAGAUGGUGCUGCCAGAACACGAUGAAAUGCUGACGCCGUCGUCGACCCCUCCUGAUUUGCACAUGGGACUGGACGAGUGUCAGCCAGCGGCAAUGUUGGAGCAGCAGCAGAUGGACCUGACAGACCCAGAGUUCCAGUCGGUGCUGGACGUGAGCAGCCUGCUGAAGCUGAACGCUGCCGAAGACCACAUGAGGGACGACCGAGAGGGAGCUGUUGAUCUGAUUGAUGAGCUAAUGUCUGCUGAUGGAAUAGAUUACAGCUUCAAUCUGGACGACAAUGAGGGAGUGUGUGACCUGUUUGACGUGCAGAUCCUCAAUUACUGAUGCCCGACAUUGGGCUUGUCUCGGCGCUUAGAAAGACGCUCUGAACACGCCUUUACCCAUUUUUGUUAUAAUUGCACAGCUGAUACCUAAACAUCUCAUCUUCCUCCACACACAAGACUUCACCACCGUGUACCAAACUGCUCCAAUUUACUAUUAUGCCUGUUUGCCUUCGGUCAACACAAAACAAAAGUGCCUGAUUUGAAUUAACCUUAACCUAUUUACAAAGCCAGAACUCAUUAUUUCUCCAUUGGGUCUUAAAACGUUUUUUUGGGUGGUUGGUUACAACAUUCCACAGAAAUUAGGUGCCUUACUGGAAGAAAGCCAGGACAGAUCAGUCAGGGUCCCUCCCUGCUUUUUCUACAUGCCAGAUUUGUAUUUUCCCACUUCCACUGAAAAGCCAGAGACUUGAAGAAAACAUGUUUAAUUUUCUGUGGUUGAUCAACCUUAGCGACUGUGACAGUGUUUUCCUUCAGAGGAUAUUUACAAUAUCACAUUCAGUAUUGGCUUUUUUCUUAAUGCCUGAUACAGGGUUGAUGAUCUAGUUCAGGGUAUGUUUGUUUUCAUGGAAAACAGAUUUCAUAGAUAUGGCACAUUGUAUUUAAUGAGUGAAUGUUUUGGUUACGUUUUAUAACCUUGUUCUCAUGUGAAAAAUGCCAGAAAGUUUUCUUUUCUAUUGUCGCUGCCAUUUCAGGCCUCUUGAGUUUUUUGUUUUUGUUUUAAAAUAAUCCUUAGAUUAUUUGACUUUUAUAUAUUUGAAUAAGUCAUUUUUUUACUUAAUUUAAAAAAGACAAUUCUUGGUUCUAGUUUGUUAAAACUGAAGCUGGUUGACUGCCUUGAUCGAAAUUUAUAAAGUUAAUUAUCUAUAUUUCUUGCCUGAAAUAAUAAAUAUUAAGAGCCUUAAAAUGCAUUUUGUAUAUUUAUAGUUUUUUAUUACAAGAAGCCAUGUUUUUUUGUUGCAUUAUGUCAUUUCUUUGCACAUUUUCAAUAAAU